AUGAUUUUUGUCUUUUUGAAAAUUUUAAGAUUGACUGAACAGGAGAAAGAGGACUUAAAAUAUAAGAAAAUUAUUUUUGAGACUGCUAUUGCUCAUCAGCAGGCUGGAAACCUUGAAGCAGCAAGUCGCUAUUUUAUACCAACUGAAAAUCGAAGACCAGACGAUAAAUAUUUGGAGGAUGAGCGGGAAAAAGGGCCUCACGGAGAACACAAAAAGUGGGAACACGAGCAUGUUCAUUCAGCAUUGUUUACUGUUGGCUCAAAAGAUCGAGAAAAGAAAAAAAAAGACACGAAUUCCGUAAAAUAUCUGAAAUUAUCUUUAUUUUGCCUUAAGGAAAAAUAUGAAUUAAUCCUAGACGAUGAAAUCGAAUUUUUCAAGGCACUUACAAGGCCUGGAGUUAAUGUAGAUAAGGACGAUUUUCAAAGCCUAUCGCCCGAAGAAGAAAGAAAACGUCGCUUAUCUGAAAAGAAAAUGUCACUUCAAGAAGUACGCCAAUCUCUUCCAAUUUACCAAUUUCGUGAAGCCCUUUUAAGAGCCAUAGCUGACCAUCAAAUAUUAAUUGUCGAGGGCGAAACUGGAUCAGGCAAAACCACUCAAGUCCCUCAAUACUUAUAUGAAUCGGGGUAUUGCAGGGAUGGAAAAAAAAUAGGCUGUACCCAACCAAGAAGAGUUGCUGCAAUGUCUGUCGCUUCGCGAGUGGCACAGGAAAUGGGUGUAAAGCUAGGCUGCGAUGUUGGUUAUUCUAUCCGUUUUGAGGAUUGUACUUCAACUCGCACUCAGAUAAAAUAUAUGACAGAUGGCAUGCUCCUUCGAGAAUUUCUUAUUGAACCAGAUUUAGGGGCUUAUUCGGUCAUGAUUAUUGAUGAAGCCCAUGAACGCACGCUUCAUACAGAUGUACUUUUUGGUCUGGUCAAAGUAAGCUCUUUGUUCAUUAAAUCUCUUUACAUAUAA